UGUGAGCCAAGGGGCGGCAGCUGUGUCGCCUGUUCCCUCGCCGAUUGGCCGCUAGCCACUGAGCGUCACCCGGGGGCGGAGAGCGCCAGGAGUGGCUGAGCGGGAGAAGACAGCCGGGAGCUGAUUCGCCGCCGUCCGUCACGUGGUACCGGAGGGGUUGUGACGCCCGCCGUGGCGGAGGGGCUCGGCUUGUCAGAGAGCUCCUAGAAAGUGAAAGUAUAUUUCUGAAAAUCAGAGGAAGUAGCAGCUGAUGUAAAGAGAAGUAUACUAAGGAUCAUUACUCGGGGAUAUUUUUUAAGAUGUGUUGAGGAGCCUCUGUUUUCACCUGUACAGUUUAUAGUGCCUUAAAAAUGGGGUUUGGAAGUGACUUGAAGUAUUCUCAUGAUGCUUUAUUAAAACUGCAAGACUGGGAACUACGACUGCUCGAAACGGUCAAGAAAUUUAUGGCCAUGCGUGUAAAAAGUGAUAAAGAGUAUGCCUCCACUUUACAGAAUCUUUGUAAUCAGGUAGAUAAAGAAAGCACUUGUCAAUUGGAUUAUAUCAGCAACGUAUCCAAGUCUUGGUUGCUUGUAGUACAACAAACAGAACAGCUGAGCAAAAUAAUGAAGACACAUGCAGAAGAUCUCAAUUCUGGGCCUUUACAUAGGCUUACAAUGAUGAUCAAGGAUAAGCAGCAAGUGAAGAAGAGUUACAUAGGGGUUCAUCAACAGAUUGAAGCAGAGAUGUACAAGGUCACAAAGACAGAACUUGAGAAACUAAAAUCUAGCUAUAGACAACUAAUAAAAGAAGUAAAUUCUGCCAAAGAAAAGUAUAAAGAAGCCGUGGCUAAAGGAAAGGAGACUGAGAAAGCCAAAGAUCGAUGUGAUAAAGCCACUAUGAAGCUUCAUAUGUUGCAUAAUCAGUAUGUAUUGGCACUGAAAGGAGCACAGUUGUAUCAGCACCAAUAUUAUGACACUACGCUUCCUCUGUUACUUGAUUCACUACAGAAAAUGCAAGAAGAAAUGAUUAAAGCCCUAAAAGGAAUCUUGGAUGAGUAUAGCCAGAUCACCAGUCUUGUUACAGAAGAGAUUGUGAAUGUCCACAAAGAGAUCCAGACUUCAGUUGAACAAAUAGACCCUAAUUCUGAGUAUAACGACUUCAUAGAUACUCACAGGUCUUCAGAGGUUGUUGAACAAGAAAUAGAAUUUGAUACAUCCUUAUUAGAAGAAAAUGAAAACCUUCAAGCUAAUGAGAUCAUGUGGAAUAACCUGACAGCAGAAAGUUUACAAGUCAUGUUAAAAACAGUAAUAGAAGAACUCAUCCAAACACAGCAAACACUUUUGAGCAAAGAAGAACUUGUGUUGGAACUAGAGAAAAAAAUAGAAGACUCUUCUAAGACUUGUGAAAAGAAGUCAGAUAUUGUUCUCUUGCUGAGCCAAAAGCAAGCACUGGAAGAACUUAAGCAAACUGUUCAGCAAUUAAGAUGCUCUGAAGCAAAAUUUGCAGCCCAGAAAGAACUACUGGAACAAAAAGUGCAAGAGAAUGAUGGGAAAGAACCACCACCUGUAGUGAAUUAUGAAGAAGAUGCCAGAUCAGUCACUUCUAUGGACAAGAAGGACAAAGUCUCAAGAUUUGACACUAUACGUCACUCCAUAGCUGGAAUUAUAAGGUCUCCAAAAUCCAUGUUGGGCUCAUCAUCAUUCUUUGAUGUAAUAUCAACCACAGAGAAACCGUUGGCAGAACAAGACUGGUAUCACGGUGCAAUUCCAAGAAUAGAAGCCCAGGAGCUGUUAAAACAGCAAGGAGACUUCUUGGUGCGAGAGAGCCACGGGAAACCUGGUGAAUAUGUCCUUUCUGUGUUUUCAGAUGGACAACGGAGACACUUUAUCAUACAAUAUGCUGAUAAUCAGUAUCGUUUUGAAGGAACUGGAUUUCCAACUAUUCCUCAGCUCAUAGAACAUCAUUAUACAACAAAGCAAGUUAUUACAAAGAAAUCAGGAGUUGUUCUACUGAAUCCUGUUGUGAAGGAUAAGAAAUGGGUUCUCAAUCAUGAGGAUGUCACACUGGGAGAAUUACUGGGCAAAGGUAAUUUUGGUGAGGUGUAUAAGGGAACAUUAAAGGAUAAGACACCCGUUGCUGUAAAAACUUGUAAAGAAGAUCUUCCUCAGGAAUUGAAAAUCAAAUUUCUGUCAGAGGCCAGAAUACUCAAACAGUAUGAUCAUCCUAAUAUUGUAAAACUCAUAGGAGUUUGCACACAAAGACAACCUAUUUAUAUUGUUAUGGAACUUGUUCCAGGAGGCGAUUUCCUGUCCUUUUUAAGAAAAAAGAAGGAUGAGCUGAAAACCAAACAGUUAGUGAAAUUUUCAUUAGAUGCUGCUUCUGGUAUGGCGUACCUCGAGUCGAAAAAUUGUAUACACAGGGAUCUGGCUGCAAGGAACUGCUUGGUGGGUGAAAGCAACAUACUGAAAAUAAGCGAUUUUGGAAUGUCUCGUCAAGAGGAUGAUGGAGUAUAUUCAUCAUCAGGCUUAAAGCAGAUUCCUAUCAAGUGGACUGCCCCAGAAGCCCUCAACUACGGGCGAUACACAUCAGAGAGCGAUGUAUGGAGCUUUGGAAUCCUUCUGUGGGAGACAUUCAGUUUAGGAGUAUGCCCAUAUCCCGGAAUGACCAACCAGCAAGCACGGGAACAAGUUGAGAAAGGUUACCGAAUGUCAGCACCGCAAAAAUGCCCAGAAGAAAUAUACAAAAUAAUGCAGAGGUGCUGGGACUACCAUCCUGAGAACCGACCAAAAUUCAGUGAGAUUCAGAAAGAGCUAUCUUCAAUCAAAAAGAAAGUGACAUAGUGAUAUACUAGUGCCAAACUCAAUAUGUGGGACUUCAUUUUCCAUUGAAGUAUUUUUUCCCCUCAAACACUAUGCGUUUAUACAACAUUAUUUGCAAUAUUCAUUUAGGAUUACUUUAAAAUUAACUGGUUUUUAUAUACAUGUGUACCAUCUUGAAUUAUGUCUAUACCUGCAUUAAAGACAUAUACUGCCAAAUGCUAUAUAUCACAGUAAUAUUGUCAUUUAGGUUACAUGUAAAUAGGAAAGCACAUACUGUAGAUUUAAGGAACUGUGGCUUUUAUGUGUUUUACAGCAAGUAACUGCUAAUGACAUUUUUCAGAGUUUUUCUACUUAACACAGUCUUCUCACUCUGCUGUCCCUGUCUCAGUUGUCAACACCAGCAGCUCUCUAACAUGGUGACUGUGUCAUGCAUGUUGGCCUUAAGACUGAAGACAGUUUUGACAAGUAUUUCAGCUAGAAAUUUUUGUAUUUUUCAAAUUCUGUAUCUGCAACUUAUUUUAUUUAAUGAUAGCUUGUUUCAAGGGUAAAGGUCAAUUAGAUUCUGGAUGUAAGUCUGCUUACCAAAUAGCAAAAUCCAGAAAUUUCUUCUGUAGAAAAUUGAGCUACAUGUCCAUUUCUUACCAUGCUAUAGUAAGUUCUUACGACUUUUGAUGUUAUUUACCUAUGCCCUUUACUCUGCCCCUUUUUUUUCUCUGAAACUAUCAGAAUUCAGUAAUGUGUCUCCUUUAAUUACCUAUGUUUGUUUAAGAAACAAACAAAAAAAAACAGUUACUGAAUACAUUCAUUGUUAAGAAAUACUGCAGAUCAUCUGUCUUCCAAAGAAUAGGUAAAAACAAUAGGCCAACAGAAGGAGUUUUGCGAGUGAUAGCAGCAUGUAAUAGGUGACCAAUAGCAUUGAUCUUAGAGGAGUUAAAGAAUGUGAAUUGCUAGAUUUGCUUUUGAUCCUGAUUUUUUUCCCUUAAAUUGGCAAUACCCUUCAGUAUGCAGUUGGAGCUUUUAAAAGGUUACACAAAAAAAAGCACAUUCCACACAUAGUGUUGAAGGGAAAACACUGUGUUUAUAUGGCAUGAGGAAUUAUCCAAGAAACCCAAAUAAGAACGUAUAUUUUAAGUCUGUGACAGGUGGAACAAAGGCAGAGUAGAAAUACUAACCUUCUAAAUUUUUAAAGUCAUUACAAUCAGGUUUUAAAAGAUGGGGGAUAGACAAAUUGUAAAUGUCACCAAAAAUAAAGGAAACUUGUAAAAAAAAAAAAAAAAAAAAAAGAUAACAUUCCA